GGUUCGUAGGUUUAAACAUGGCGGAUAAAAUUUAUCUUUCAGAGCAAUCAGGGAAUAAAUCGAACACUUUGUAGGUAAAGAAAUGGCUGAAAAAUUCUACGCAGUUGUGAUUUCUGCGUUGGCUGCCAUUCUGGUUCGAUGGUGUGUGUCUCUCAGUCCAUAUUCAGGUAAGAUAUGGCUAGAAAGGCGGAUGAAAAGCAACUUGUUUGAAGAGAAAUCUGGUCCUUAACCGGAUGUUUGCUUGGUCGACUCUCUAGGAAAAGGAAAGCCACCGAUGUUUGGAGAUUACGAAGCGCAGAGACACUGGAUGGAAAUAACUUAUAAUCUACCAGUUGAUGAAUGGUAAGGUGCUGAAGAAAUUAUUGCGUAUCAGGCCAUAUUUUGCCCUAAGUUAAUUACAGCCUAAAUUAAGCCUCCCGCCUCUAGAAAAGCCCCCACCCCUUCCCCUCAAAGGGGUUUGAAAUAAGUACCCGCCCCCCUGGGGGGGCCUGAAUUGAGGAUUUACGGUAAGUGUGACAGCUGUCAAACUGCUUUGACCAGUAGACCAAUUCAUGGAGCAUGCCAUGUGUUACGUCUGUGAAUAGCACAGUAAUGGGUGUACAAAAUUCUGUUGAAAACCCUGGUUGGUAAUCAAGUGUACCAAAGUCGCUAUACACACACACACUAUAACUAGGCAUUUUAAUAAAAUACUGAUUAUCUCUUCAUUUUCGAGAUUAUCCUUGUCAAAGAUAUGUAGACCUUUAAACCAUUCCUCUUGAAUCCCUACUAUUUAUGAAAGAAAAGGGGCAGUGGUGGAGGGGGCGUAUAUUUAACAUCAUGGCCUAGGGGAUGGGUGCUUAUUCUGGUAAUUUGCUUGAUGUUAAUCUUCAGGUACAAUAACACCACAAACAAUGACUUGAUGUAUUGGGGCCUGGAUUAUCCACCAUUAACUGCCUAUCACAGCUGGAUUUGUGGGUUCAUGUGAGUGCUGUCUAAACAAUAAAUUAAAAUGCAUCAUUGCAAGGUUUACAGCUAUUGCAAAAUGGCGACAACUUUAUUAUUCUUUUAUAUUCAAGUAAAUUAGCCCUGCAUGCCUCAAUUCCACCUAGAAAUUCUUUUGAAUUCUAAAGAUGCGAUGGAGGCAUCGAGGGCCAAUUAACAUAACUAUAAAAGAAUAAUAAAAUUGUCCCUAUUUUGGAAGAAGGUGUAUAUCAGUAAAUGCAUGACCAUAGCUCAAAAGUUAUAUGGAUGUUGUCUACGAAAAAUUCCUGUUGUGCUUUAAGAAAAGGUCUGAGGGCCCUAUUAGUGUUGGGCAUUGGGGUGUAUAAAAAAAAACUGAAAAACCGCUCUAAAAAUUACCCAAAACCGAAAAACCGCAACAGACUUUGAUCCAAACUGAAAACCGAAUACAAAACCAUCAAAAUGGAAGAUUUAUACAGCUCAAUUUUUAAAACCCUAGUCUAGAUCUCAAACGGUGGUGAUAUAUUGUGGAACAUAUGGACUAAAUGGUAAAAUAAUUCUAGAACAGCUCCCCAAAAAAUAUGUCGGCCAUCUGUCGGAAGACUGUCGACCGACCUAUUGUCCUUUCUCUGAAUUCAAAAACCCUUUUUACUGGUAGUCAUUAUGUCCCUAACUUUCUAGUAAGGAUUUACGUUUUUUGACCAUCUUUUUCAGAGCAAACAAGAUAAAUCCAAGCUGGAUUGCACUUAACAAAUCUAGGGGGCAUGAAAGUCAUGAACAUAAGUUAUUUAUGAGAUACACAGGUAGAAUUUUUUUUUCAAAUCCAGUAUGUAGUUUGACUGUUCAUAGUCCCUAUUUUUUUGUAAGAUCGUUGGGAUAGCACCUAACUUUAUGGGCAGCUGCUUUGGCUUCAAAUGUGUUGACUGAGUUUGGGGGGGGGGGGGGGCACCCCAAACCCUUAAAAAAAGGGGGGGAGGGGGGUCCCCAAAAAAAUUUUUCAGGCCCCCGGUUGGGUUAAAAAAAAAAAAGGGGGGGGGGGGGGCCCCCAGGCCCCCCCCCCGGAACCCCCCCCCCCCCUUUUCCCCCCCCCUGUAUGAGUGUUUGUUGUUUGGUAGGUUGUGUGUUGGUUUGUGUUGUGGUUGUUGGUGUUAUUGGGUCUGGGGGGGGGGGGGGUGCGGGGCGUGUGGGAGCGGGCUUUGUGGGGGGGUGGGGGUGGUGGGGGGGGGGGGGGGGGGGGGGUCAUCCAGACCCUUAGAUAAGAGGGGGGAAGGCAGUCUCCAAACAAAUUUUUCAGGGCCUCAGUUUGGUCUAAAAAUCAUAAGGAGGGGGCGGUGGCCCCCAAGGCCCCUCCCCUGGAACCGCCACUGCCCUGUUCACCCCAUCAGUAUGUGUAAAACUAUAAAGAUGGCUGCCAAAUGUGUUGACUGAGUUUAGGGGGGGCGGUCAUCCACCCUUACUUCAGCCGAUCAAAUGGUUAUUUCUUUGAUUAUUUUAACAGUGUUGGUUGCUGAUGUACUAGUAUACAUCCCUGCAGUCUUUCAGUUCUCAUUUCUUUGCUUGGGAAGAAAACCUGCCUUAAAUAAGGUAAAAACGAUAACCGUAAUAAAAAAGGUAUCUUUGUAAUAAUUAUUAAUACAGCAUUGAUUUUGUUUGGAAGUAAGCUAGUCUUCUGUAGCCUGCAUGAGCAGAUGCCCUUUUCAGCUUUUGUUUCACAUGCCCCAUGGAGAGAAGCUACAAACAGAAAUGCAGCUGCGUUCACAGACUAAACAUCCUUUUCAUUCAAUCGGCAGCAGGAAUAGCUCAGUCGGUAGAUUGCUUGAUUGCAGAGUGGGGGGUCGCGGGUUCAAUUCCCGGGGCCGGAGCAUUACUCAGGGUCUUAAAUAACUGAGAAAUGAAGGUACCGCCUUUUCCCUGCAAAUGGCUAGACCUUUGCGUGGCUCGGAUGACCACCUAAAACGGCAGUCUCCAGUAGGAGAUGUAAAAAUAGUGUCCCCAAUUAGCACUUUGGUGCUAAAUACAUUGACACUGAAAUAAAGUGUAUUUUACGUGAUUGUCUAGAUCUAGAAGAGGGACAGUUUUUUGUUGACUAGACCCAGACCUCUUGAUUGGCCAAUACAUUUGACAUCAUAGACUCAAGAUACAUAUACUAAGCCUGAUGUGAGAAAUGGCUGGUGAAACAUAAAUAUGACAAGAAACCCUCAAUGUUACUAGAGUGUGUUUCCGUGACUUUAUGAAAUGACUUUAACUUUAUAAAUGAAACAAUUCACUUUUAAGCCAUAAGUGCACACUGUAACUGGAAAGUGAAGUAACAGACUAGAUAUAGGCCAUCACACACAUAGCCUGUGCCAGAGACAAAGUUAAAUUCUGGUUAAGUCUGUAAAACAGGACAGAAAAGCUUGUUCUGGCCCCCACCUGUGUACAAGGAUUUGAGUACGUGACAUGAAUAUAUAAAUUAUGUGAAAAAAAAAACAACAAACAAACAGUGCACACCCCGUUCUUUCUUGUGCCUUGUACUUUUAAGUACCUGUCCCCAAACUGAUUGGGUGUCUUUUGUUGUUUCUUUGUUUGUUUUUAAUUGAGUGCUUCCUUCCAUCUUCUAGGUUCUGAUUGCAUCUGUCAUUCUUUUUUAUCCUGGAUUAAUUCUCAUAGAUCAUGGACACUUUCAGUAUCCUUGAACGUUCUGUCAACGGAAAGUUUUAAUUUAUACUUUACUGUAUCUUUCCUCGAACUAUAAAGGCCCAAAAGAAGGUAUAGAGAUAAGCAGAUUUUAAGCUAUUUUUUGUGUAAAUUUUGAAUUGAUAAUAUUGUGAAUUCUUAAAGUGCAGUGAAUUUGAAAUUUAUUUUUAUCACCACUCCAUUCUAUUACAGGGACUUACUUCACUUCCUCCAAGCCUGUGGUUGACAUAUAUUCUCUUAUCUAAAUGUGAAGAUUGCUUGUUUAUAUAAUUUGAUUGAUAACGAUGUUAUGAUGAGGAGGAUGACGACGAUGACGAUGAUGAUGAUGAUGGUCAUGACGACGUUGAUGACGAGGACGAUGAUGAUGAUGAUGAUGGUGGUGGUGGUGGUGGUGGUGGUGGUUUGGAAGAGUUUGAUUUUGGCGUUGUUGAUGAUGUGGGUACUCAUCCACAAGCGAUAGCUUCUUGAAAGCCGUCUAUGCAAGUGCCUUCUGGCCAGUAUGAUCGCUCUAGUUAGUUAAUACCCUAAGCCCUGUUGAUGUUCAUUGCAUACUAAUCCUUGACAAGUAACUUCAGAUAUAACGCCAUAAGCCUUGGUUUGGCAUUGUGGGGUGUUAUAGGGCUAGCGCGUGGUCAUGAUCUCCUAGGGUCAAUCGCGUACACACUGGCAUUAAACUACAAGCAGAUGGAACUUUAUCAUGCGUUUCCUUUCUUUUUCUAUUUAUUAGGGAAGUCCUUGCAAGAAAAGUCAUGGUAAGGUUUCCUUUUUUCCUAAAAAUGUAAUUGUAAAUGCUCUAAUAAUAGCGAAUGUAAAACAGUUUUUCUUUGACUUAGCGACAAUGUAGCUUUCCGAUACUCCUCGCUAAUGAUCGCAAGCAAAUAAUUUUAACAGUCCAAAUUAAACAUAGUCGUGGAAACAUGAUUGGAAUCUCACUUUUCGUGAGACGGACAAGUUAGCUAAUCACAAGCGUGGAAAAUGAAUUUAAAAAAUAAACUAUCGAAUUACUUCUUCCCAGCACGCCGGCCUCGUCCACACGUAUCCGGAUAUUUUUGAAAACUGAGAUUUUUUCUCCGUUUUAGCCUCCUGUCCGCACGUCAACGGCGUUUUUGCGCAACAAAAACGCAGGUUUUCGAAAACGGUCCCCAGCGAAGAUUUUUUUGUAAACGACUGCUGAUCGUUUCGCGCGGAUGGGCGGAAACGGAAGCUGGCUAAUCUGACAGUGAUGUCAUACAUCAUAAAGUGCAUGUCCUGUAAGGGGUGCCAUCAUAUUUCCAUUGUUUUAGCGUUUUCGUGCGGACAGACUGAAACGAUUCGAAUACGAUGCGUGUGGACAACUGAAGGCCUUAUACUGUGGUUGAUUUUUGCAGUAUAUUUUUCAUGACUUUCAAGACGACCCUCUCUCCUGAUUCCUUUGUAGGAUUUCAAGAAUGUUUAGCAUUGCCAAAUUAGGAAUUGUUGUUAUUGUGACGUUCAUUUUGUGGUAAGUUUACUUUCAGCAAUAUAGUAAAGGAAGAACACUUCACUCUUUAGACAACAAAAUGGUAGUAUUUUUUUUUCUUGAAACCAUAGUCUUGCUUAAGGGCCACUCUCCGGACUAUCAAGCGAGCAAGUACAUUACGUUAUAAAAUUUUUUUUUUUUCUUAUCUUCAGAACUCAAGUAUAAUGGUGGUGUACCAUAUUUAUUUCUCUCGUUGCGGUUUUAUUUUUGAGUUGAAAUGUAACCCAGUGUUCUCUAAAAUGGCUGCGUCACCAUGUCUAAUUUCUCUCUAGUUGGUUGCCGUUUUUGACCGGACUUCCAGCGAUUUUACAAGUUCUUCAUCGGCUCUUUCCAUUUGCAAGAGGUCUCUUUGAGGUACGUAUAUGAAGACUCUGAAAAAUGGAUGCGCUACUUAGUGUUAUAUUUAAAAAACUGCAUUUUAAACGUUUUUCAGUUGCUUAUUUCAUCAAUUGCUUUUUGCUGUUAUCACUGCUGUCGUCGUUUUCAUUACAUCAUCUCCCUACCUAGCGAGGGCCGCGCUUUACAUACUCAGGUUUUCACUGUGCAUUUUCUAUGAACACCCGCGAAAAAGACGAACGUUUUGAAACCUCGUAUUUUAGAAACGGCUGCUUUUAUAGCCAGCAUCAAGCCAGGAAAAUCCGUGUCUGCAUGUGCGAUGAAUACAUUUAAAACUGAUUUUUUUUUCUCCAGGACAAGGUUGCAAAUAUUUGGUGCUCCAUUUCUGUUCUUAUCAAAGUCAAAAGAGUUUUAACCCAAACACAGAUCAUUAAACUCAGGUUAGUUAUUACCUUUUACGCGAGAAACUGGUCGAUGUUGUGCCAAAGUGCACUAUGGGACUUUUUUGGGACCCUUUAACGCUAAACGCCACUUCCACAUUUUCCAUAAUGCACCUUAUUUGCUCCCCUAAAUUUUGCAUAAGCAUGGUUUUCAAUUUCUCUUGGGACGGCUGUAAUACCCACGAGAAAUGAAAAACAAAGGUUAUGCAGAAUUGGGGGGUGGGAGGGGGGGGAACAAAUUAGGUGCAUUAUGGGAAAUGUGUAAGUGGCGUAUUACGAGGUUGCGCAGGAAAAUGGGUAAAAAUUCGUCCCCUAAAACAGACCCACAACCUACUUUCCCUCUAUUUGCCAAAUCAAAUUGAGUAGCUCUUGUGUUAGCCUGCGUCGCACCUGUCAUUUAAUCCAGGUUAGUAACGUCUACGUCUCCUAUCCUUGUUCCGGGCCGUCAAAAGACUCAACUAAUUCCCCUGGAAAGCGUCACAAAUUUCCUUUCAUCUUGAUUGGUAAAUCAACAAUGGCAUUUUUAACAGGCCAAUCACGGCGCGUACGCAAAUCCUGGAACACAGGUGGGGGCACAGAACAAGGAUUCCGGCGCUGUUUCGCAGACGAAGUUAACCUGGCCCCGGUUGUUCAAAUGUUGGAUAGCGCUAUCCACCGAAUAAAUCACUAUCCAGUUGAUAGAUAUUAGGGAAACCGAUUACGUUAUCCAUUGGUUAGACAUUUAUCCAUCGGAUUGCCCUAUCCACGUUUUGAACAACUGGGGCCAAAUGUUUAGUUCCGUCUAUGGCACAGGUUAACUUUGUGCCCAAGCAUAAGGUAAAUGUUACGCAAUGCACAGCAGUUUAGGAUCAUCAUACGUUUCUGGGAAACUGCCCACCUACCCCUCCCCCAAGCCAACAUUAACACUUACCUCUCACUUAGGGCAAAAUGAUGACUUAGGUUAGGGGUAGGUGGAAAGUUCCUUGAUGUUGAGGACGGUUGCGAUUAUCAUUAUACGUUUCUGGCAAGCUGUCCGCCUACCCCUCCCCUAAGCCAAGAUUUUGCCCUAAGUGAGAAGUAAGUGUUAAUGUUGGCUUAGGGGAGGGGUUGGUGGGCAGUUUCCCAAGAGAACCAACAAAUAGUCUCCGCAACAACAAGAAACAGCCCAAUGCACGGUAAGCGUUCUGACUGGGAGGUGACUUGCUCUAAUCUCAAAACAAAACAGGCGAAACAGCUGUGCAUAUGCGUGAGGUUCUUUUCAGGCCGUGGGUUGGUGAUCAUGUGUCACUUAGUCUUAAGUUUUCUAUAAUCUAGCCGGGGUGAAAAUAAUAAAGCGCUUGGUGGCAGUUCAACCGCAGAGGAGGAAGGCAUUGCUGUAUUAUUAAGAACAAAUUGAACAAAUUAUGUCUUUUGUUAUCGAAUUGCUUGGUAUCUAACACUGUUUUUGUUCUGGGAUGUCCGCGCCAUAACUGCAAAUCUAACGUGAUAUUUUCUCCCCUAGCACAUGGUCCACAUUAACUGCUUGUUUACCUUCGUCUCUAAAUUUGUUGAGGAACCCGACAAUAGAUCGAUUUGUCCUGGCUCUGGUAAGGUAAUCGUUUUGCUGUAGUUAACGAUGGUAAUGCAGGGCGUAAAUUCAGGCAUUAAAUAACUAGCCCUUCGUCAUAGCGAAUCAAUAAGGCAAAGGUAUGACGUUCGAAACGUCAUUUACUCAAUCCCCUUGCGGUGACCAAUGUACUUCAAGGUGCAGUAAAAUAGGCAACCAAAAACGUGCAUCUUGCAACAAUGAUGCAAAACGGGUUGAAUUGCGAUGUUGCGUGUUUUACCACCUACGAAUCAAACCUGUCUUGCAAAAAAUCAGGCUCGCAGGUAGCCUGUGACCGGCAAUUAAAAAAUUCAUGAUAAAAUUAUGCAUAGGCAUUACCAUGUACUGAGUACGUUUAUUCUUUGCAAAUUUAGGUGAAUUCAUCUCUGGCGUUCUUCAUUUUCUCGUAUCAAGUACAUGAAAAGUCAAUUCUUCUAGCCGCACUGUAAGUAUUGAAUCUCUUAUACAAUGUUUUUGUAAAUAAUAUCCUAGAAAAAUGGUUCAUCGCUCGCAAAAUACUACAAUAUUUUUGUAGACACCAUUCUAGGGCAUUGACUCAUUGCUCGCAAAAUGCUACCCAAAUAUCUUGAAGAAAAUCUGCGUUUGAUGUAAGGAUCUAAGGAAAUAAAGGAAAUAGAAAAAUCAUUGAAUAUCAAAUUGUUCGUUAGCUCUCCGCCCGGUGUUAGAAAUCUCAUUCGUGGAGGAGCAUAUGUUUUCUUUGUUAUGACGAAUCAAGGACAUGUUUCCUAAAUGUUUUCUAUUUUCGUUGUUUUUUUUAAUGUUUGUCGUUACUUGUUUAAAAAAAACAGUUCGUUGCUCAAAGCUCGUGUGUCCUGACAUGAUUUUUUGUUCUUUUAUCAGCCCUGUAUGCCUUCUUCUUCACUACAAGCCGUUUGAAUGUUCAUGGUUUUUAGUUAUCUCCACUUUCAGGUAGGUACAUGAAAGGUUAUUUUUAAGUGAUUUCAUGCAGUCUCCACAUUUGUUUUAUUAACCUUACGAUUGGACAGCGCCGACGCCGGUGAAAACGUCACGGAAAACUGGCGUCCUUUCAAACCUUUUCUCGAUUAUUCCAACUUGUUCAUUCAGCUGAAGAAAGAGUACCGCUUCCUAAGCUUAGAACGAUACAGUAAAAUGUAUCGCCUUCUCAAGAAAACUUAAAAUUUGGUCAUUUAUUUUCACGUCGUAGUUUUGUAGGGAAGGCAAAGAAAUGUACUGAAGAGCGUAGUGCACGCGCAGAGUUGUUGUUUUGCUUAUGAAACCCAUUGCGUUUUUGACUUUCUCGUUUCCGUCACCGUCGUAGUUUCGUAAGGUCCCUAUUCUUCCAAAAAAACGCUGCCACUCAAUAAUGUUCUCACUGCUCGUUAACGUUGAUCUAUUUGUAGUAUGUGGCCUUUGUUACUAAAGGAUGGCCUAGCUCUUCCUUACAUUUCCUGCAUGUUGCUGUUCUAUGCUGUUUCGUAUCACGUGUUUGAACUGCACAAGACCACGACACGAAAGCAAAGUUUGGUAAGUUUGGUAUUCUUGGCGUUUCUUAAGACAUAAAACUUUCAAAAUUUUUAACAAUCCUGCAAUUGACGUUCAGAUGUGAUCAAAGAGGGCGUUGCUACCUAAUAGUAUUUAUUGAGUGGUUUCCUUUUGAAGUUAGAACCACUUUUUCGUCAAAAUAUUAAAUAGUACCUCAAUGAAAGUGAUUGGUGGCAAGUUAGCGUUUCAUUCAGAGACUCAAAACGUACCACAGGAAAGUACUGCUCAGUAGCUUUCAUUUGAAUGGUUACACUUCAGGAGCUCAUCCUUAGGCCUAAAAAUCAGAACCUCCUUGUACAGCAUAAAUGUCCUAACCACAGGGUUUUAUCGCUCAAUAGCUGUCCUCUCAGAACUCAGGCUUACACAAGUUUCAGGCGUACUUUUUAACUGACGUUUAGUUCAGUCAAUUUACCUUUAAAAAGACAUUCGGUGUAAUUGUUGCUCCACAUUGCUUUUAUUCGUAGUUUCUUUUGUCGGUACUGGGUUCCCUGUGCCUUCACACUGGUUCGGCUAUGGUCCAGCCCCCCAGACGGUACCCAGACCUCUGGCCGGUUCUCAUCUCGCUCUACUCAUGUUUACAUUUCCUAGGAUUUCUCUUUUAUUUCAAUUACCUUCAAUUUAUUCUUCCAUUCAACGCUAUACCUGUGGCAGCUAAAGAAAAGAAGUCUUAAUAACGACAAAUUACAGCAAUAAUUUUUGAGUAGCUUAGUUAGUGAACAUGUCUAUAGGGGGUAAUUCCAAGACGCCUUUUUAGCUUUCUUACGAAGUGUGUGCCUAUAA